AUGACCAUCGGCAAAAUUCUUCUCGAAUUUCAAAAAGGGGGAGACGUGAGCAAAAAGCAGGCGGCUGCAGCUGCGGUGGCUGCCUCAGACCGUCACAAGUUGAAUGAUUUCUUGGAUAUCCUCACAUCGCCAGAGUGCCAUGAUCAACAUCUGACGCUGGCCAUGGUAGCCCGUUCAUGGCUCCUUUUCCAAGCAGUAUUGCGCAAGUUAUCAGACAAAAUACAGGAUCAACUAAAGAAACAGCGACGAGGCCCUCAUCUGUAUUUCGAUAGGGGCCUUCUCAUCAACUAUUCUCUUAUGGCUGGCUACCACGCCAUGAUCUCAUUUGAAGACACAUAUCUCGUCGAUGUUGACCUCUACGAUCCUUCACCAUUCGCAGACAUUGACUCAGCUACCAGCAAUAUCCGCGCAAAUGCCGCGAUCCUCCAUCAUUACUGCAAAUACGUCGUGAACUUUGCUCGACUGCACCACAGAGCCACAAAAUGGGUGAGACAAGCGCGUCAAAUCAUCGCAGACCGUCAAACCGAAUCUGAAGCAACGGAGGACGAGCUUAAGGAGGCUCUAGCCAGCUAUGGUUUGCUGAAAUCUGGAAAGGAGGUUGUCGAAAGCUCUGGUAGAGUGAUCGACGUGAUGGAGAUGUUUCGAGGCAGAGACGAUGCAAGCGACGACGUGGAAGGGAACGAUUUUGGUUGCAUGAGAGAGGUCUUCUACCAUUUUGCCCUCAUGGGACUCACCCGAACCUUCUGGGACCCAACAUGGAAACUCAUCGACGAGCACCUCCCGCAUAUGCACGACAUGCCUGAUCUUGAAGCACAUGGUGUCUUUGUUCUCGAAAGGCUAGAGCAAAGAGUUCCUAUGCUAGGUCUUGAGUCAUGGUGCUACUUGGUAAUUUUGAUGGGUGUUGCAAUGGAGGUCAGGCAGGUGGAAUAUCAGAAGAGGGUGGAAGUUGUGGUCUCAGACAUCGCAGGAAAGGGGUUUGCCUGCGCCGAGUCGAUGUUGGGUGACAUGAGGCUGCUCUGGGGGAUGGAUUACGCGGCCCAACACGACAGCAGCAUCGGUCCGACCUGCUAA